UGAUCCGCGGGCACCAGCAGGCAUGGGGGAGGCCGGGAUUCGCACCGGAGCGUCGGCUGAUGGGCUAGCUCCCGCAGGGUCGCCGAUGCCGGAGGCCGGCGUGGAGGCGGAGGUGGCGAAGCUGCUGCUCUUCCUGGCGCCCGCGGCGCGGGCGGACCUGCAGGCGGAGGCGGUGCGGCACGUGCUGGCGCUGACCGGCUCCGGGUCCGGUCGGGCGCUGCUGGCCGGCCAGGCGGCGCUGCUGCGGGCGCUGGUCGAGCUGGCGGCGGCCGCGGCCCCGGCCCCGGCCCGCGACGCCGCUCGUGCGCUCGUCAACCUGGCUGCCGAGCCCGGCCUGCACGAUCCGCUCCUGGAGGCCGAGCCCGCGCUGCCUGCCCGCCUGCUGGGCCGCGCGUUGGACCCAGAGUGGCCCUGGGCCGAGGAGGCGGCCGCCGUGCUGGCCAACCUCAGCCGCGAGCCGGCGCCGUGUGACGCGCUGAUGGCCGCGCUGGCGGCUGAGGAGCCGGGAGGGCCAGGCCUGGAGCGGCUGGUGCACGCGCUGUGCACGCCCGACUACAACCCCCGGGCGCCCCUGCAUUACCUGGGGCCAGUGCUCUCCAACCUCAGCCAGCGUCCCGCGGCGCGGGCGUUCCUGCUGGACCGCGAGAGGUGCGUAGUCCAGCGGCUGCUGCCCCUUGCCCAAUUCCCAGACUCCUCGGUGCGCAGGGGCGGGGUAGUGGGGACUCUCCGAAACUGCUGCUUCGAGCAUCGACACCACGAGUGGUUGCUUGGGCCCCAGGUGGACAUUCUCCCCUUCUUGCUGCUGCCCUUGGCUGGGCCUGAGGACUUCUCUGAGGAGGAGAUGGAGCGGCUGCCAGUGGAUCUGCAGUACCUGCCCCCAGACAAGCAGCGGGAGCCCGAUGCUGACAUCCGCAAGAUGCUGGUGGAGGCCGUCAUGCUGCUGACAGCCACGGCCGCUGGGCGCCAGCAGGUGAGGCGCCAGGGAGCCUACCUGAUCUUGCGUGAGCUACACAGCUGGGAGCCAGAGCCCGACGUGCAGGGGGCUUGUGAGAAACUCAUUCAGGUGCUCAUUGGGGAUGAGCCAGAGCCGGGCAUGGAAAACCUGCUGGAGGUACAGGUGCCUGAGGAUGUGGAGAGGCGGCUGCAGCAGCUGGACCACCAGGAGCGGGAGGAGCACACCUGGGGGCAGCCAGAGGAGCCGGCCCCGGAACCACAAACAGAGGGGGCUACACCUACCUGAGGCCCUGGCUCCCCACCCCCAGCUCCAGGCCCACCUUGGCCAGCCCAUCCGUCCAGGC